AUGCUUUCUUCUGAACCAAGGCGGCGAUUUGAGAACAGGGUAAGUUUGUGUCACUGGAUCCGUGGGCCGUCAUUAGACCAUGUUGAUGUUGUUCACAGGACAUUCCAGGAAGCUCUCGAAGUCACAAGCACAGCGAAGGCUCGUUUCAUGCACGAUGGCACUGACCUCUAUGAGCGAGGCAAGCGAUUAGUGACGGAGAGCAUACUUGCUGGCGUCACAUCGAUGCGCGCUUUCGUUGAGAUCGACAGGAUAGUAUCUAUGCAUUGCCUCAACGCAGGUCUACGUCUAAAAAAGGAGUUCAUAAAGGAGUGCGAGAUUCAACUUGUAGUCUUCGCUCAGGAUCCACUCUUCGACGAUCCGAGCGCGACAGAGCCAGGAGAUAAUUAUCGCCUUCUCGUUGAGGCCGCUGCCACUCUCGGCGUCUCUGUUAUUGGUUCUGCGCCAUAUGUUGAACCAUCCCUGGACCAGGCUAAGAGGAAUAUCAAGCUCGUACUCAAUCUGGCCAAAGAGGGCGGCCUUCAUGUCGACUUCCAUCUGGAUUACAACCUCAAUUCCUCGGCCCAGCCUCUUAUAUACGAUGUUAUACAGUAUAUGAGGGAGCUUCAGUGGACAUCCCUCUUCUCCAGAGGUUCAAUGCGUCAGGUCACCAUCGGUCACGGCACCCGCUACUCCCUUUUCGACGAUCAAGAAUGGCGGGAUCUGAAGGAAUCCAUCGGCGACCUUCCAAUCUCCUUCGUCGCACUGCCGCAGAGCGACCUGUACAUGAUGGGCAAGACUUACCCACGUUCCGCAAAACUCGCCCCCAGAGGCACGAUUCCUGUGCCGUUCGUGGCGGAUCUCGGACUAGACAUCGCGUUAAGCGUGAACAAUGUCGAAAACGCCUUCACGCCUCAAGGCUCUGUCGAUCCGCUUCCUCUCUGCUCACUGGGCGUAGCCAUCUAUCAAGAUGCGAGCGAACGUGCCUGCCAGAUCCUACUGGUAAGCUGA